AUGUCGGCAGGUGGGCAGGAUAGAAAAUCCUGGAUUGAAGGAGUAUUUUACAAGAGAGAGUGUAACAAAUUCAUACCCAGCUCAAAAGACCCUCACAGAUGCACUCCAGGCUGCCAAGUCUGCCAGAAUUUAGUCAGGUGUUACUGUGGCCGGCUGAUUGAAGAUCAUCAUGGGAUGGACUUCGCCUGGGACCUCCCAGCGAAGGAAGGCGAUGGCAACGAGCAGUGGUCUGUUGAGAAGCACACAACAAAAAGCCCUACAGAUGCCUUCGGCACCAUUAAUUUCCAAGAUGGAGAACAUAUCUACCACUCUAAGUAUGUUAGAACUUCUUGUGAUACAGAACCGGAUCAUCUGUUGCAUUUAAUGUUGAAAGAAUGGAAUAUGGAGCUGCCGAAGCUUGUGAUCUCUGUCCAUGGGGGUCUCCAGAACUUCAAGAUGUCCUCCAAGAUCAAAGAGACCUUCAGCCAGGGUCUGGUCAAAGCUGCAGAGACCACAGGAGCAUGGAUAAUUACCGAAGGCAUAAACUCAGGCGUGUCCAAGCAUGUUGGGGAUGCCCUAAAAGCCCAUUCCUCUAUGUCUUUGAGGAAAAUCUGGACAGUUGGAAUCCCUCCUUGGGGUGUAAUUGAGAAUCAGAGAGAACUGAUUGGAAAAGAUGUGGUAUGCAUGUACCAGACUCUGGGUCACCCGCUCAGCAAGCUCGCCACCCUCAACUGUAUGCACUCUCACUUCAUCCUGUGUGAUGAUGGGACUGUGGGCAAGUAUGGCAAUGAAAUGAAGCUCAGGAGGAACCUGGAGAGCCAUCUCUCAAUGCAGAAGAUAAACAGCUGCUCAAGACAAGGUGUCCCUGUGGUGGGGCUGGUGGUGGAAGGAGGCCCUAAUGUCAUCCUCUCGGUAUGGGAGACUGUCAAGAACCAGGAGCCCGUGGUGGUGUGCGAGGGGACAGGCAGAGCUGCUGACCUCUUGGCCUUCACCUACAAACAUUUGGAGGAUGGGGGGAUUCUGCGCCCUCAGCUGAAAGAAGAGAUCUUCUGUCUGAUUCAGAACAUGUUCAACUUUAGCCUCAGACAGUCUAAGCACCUUUUUCAAAUUCUAAUGGAGUGCAUGGAACACAAGGAUUCCAUUACCAUAUUUGAUGCUGAUUCUGAGGAGCACCAAGACCUUGAUUUGGCAAUCCUCACGGCUUUGCUGAAGGGUACAAGCUUAUCACUAUCAGAACAAUUAAAUCUGGCAAUGGCUUGGGACAGAGUGGACAUUGCCAAGAAACAUAUCCUAAUUUAUGGACAGCAUUGGAAGCCUGGAGUUCUAGAACAAGCAAUGUUAGAUGCCUUAGUGAUGGAUCGGGUGGAUUUUGUGAAGCUUUUGAUAGAAAAUGGAGUGAACCUCCACCAUUUCCUCACCAUCCCCCGGCUGGAAGAUCUCUAUAACACAAAACAAGGACCAACUAAUACGUUUUUGCAUCAUCUUGUCCAAGAUGUAAAGCAGCACACACUUCUCUCGAGCUACAGAAUCACGCUCAUCGACAUCGGGCUGGUAAUAGAGUACCUCAUUGGGGGAGCAUAUCGAAGCAGCUACACUAGGAAAAGUUUCAGGGUGCUCUACAACAACCUCUACGGAAAACGCAAGCACCCUUUUCAUCAGAGAUAUUCCUUGGGAAAUCGAAAGGAGUCUUCGGAAAGCACACUGCAUUCCCAGUUCUUUAGGACUGCCCAGCCCUACAAAUCCAAGGACAAGGCUGAAGACUCCAAUAAAUCCAAGAAGAAGUCAAAGGAAAGACACAGCCUAUCAGAGGACCCUGAGACUGUUGGCUUCAUCUACCCGUACAAUGACCUGCUGGUGUGGGCUGUGCUGAUGAAGAGGCAGAAGAUGGCCAUGUUCUUUUGGCAGCAUGGCGAGGAGGCCACAGUCAAGGCCGUCAUUGCUAGUAUUCUCUACAGAGCCAUGGCCCGGGAAGCCCAGGAGAGCAACAUGGUGGACGAUACUUCAGAAGAGUUGAAAAAUUACUCGGAGCAGUUUGGCCAGCUUGCCCUGGAUGUAUUGGAGAAGGCCUUCAAGCAGAACGAGCCGAUGGCCAUGAAGCUGUUGACCUAUGAACUCAAGAACUGGAGCAAUUCCACCUGCUUGAAACUGGCGGUGUCUGGGGGACUGCGGCCCUUUGUGUCACAUUCUUGUACCCAAAUGCUACUGACAGACAUGUGGAUGGGACGUCUGAAGAUGAGGAAAAACUCCUGGCUGAAGAUAAUCAUCAGUAUCCUUUUACCACCCAUGAUUUUGACAUUGGAAUUUAAAAGCAAAGCAGAGAUGUCACAUGUCCCACAAUCCCAGGAUUUCCAGUUUACGUGGAAUUACAGCGACCAGAGCCUGAAUAGCACCAAAGAGAGUGUGAAAGACUAUGACUUGGAAAGAGGCCCUGAUGAGAAGCCGGAUGAAAAUCUGCACUUAGACUUAAGAAAAGAGCCCCAGAGCCUCCCCUGGACGAGGAGAACCUGUGAAUUCUACAGCGCUCCCUUUGUCAAGUUUUGGUUUUACACGAUGGCUUAUUUGGCAUUCCUCAUGCUGUUCACUUACACAGUGUUGGUGGAGAUGCACCCCCAACCCAGCAUACAAGAGUGGCUUGUCAUCAUUUAUAUCUUCACCAAUGCCAUUGAGAAGGUCAGGGAGAUCUGCAUUUCAGAACCCAGCAAGUUUACUCAAAAGGUGAAGGUGUGGCUGAGUGAGUACUGGAAUCUAAUGGAGACAGUGGCUAUUGGCCUGUUUUUAGUUGGUUUUGGCCUACGGUGGGGACACCCACCUCUGUUCACUGUAGGAAGACUCUUCUACUGCAUAGACAUCAUAUUCUGGUUCUCUCGGCUCAUGGACUUCUUCGCUGUGAAUCAACACGCGGGGCCGUACGUGACCAUGGUUGCAAAGAUGGCAGCAAACAUGUUCUACAUUGUGGUCAUGAUGGCCAUCGUCCUGCUGAGCUUUGGCGUGGCGCGCAAAGCCAUCCUCUCACCAAAGGAGCCUCCUUCCUGGCACCUGGCUCGCGAUAUUGUAUUUGAGCCCUAUUGGAUGAUGUAUGGAGAAGUCUAUGCUUCAAAGAUAGAUGUUUGUUCAAGUGAAACUUCAUGCCCGCCGGGUUCCUUCCUGACUCCAUUCCUGCAAGCUGUCUACCUCUUUGUGCAGUACAUCAUCAUGGUGAACCUGUUGAUCGCCUGCUUCAACAACAUUUACUUAGAUAUGAAAUCCAUCUCACAUAAGCUCUGGAAAUACAACCGCUAUCGCUACAUCAUGACCUAUCACCAGAAGCCCUGGCUGCCGCCGCCCUUCAUCCUGGUGAAUCACAUGUGCCUGCUCCUCCGAGGGCUGCGCUGCCGACCAGCUCCGCAUGACCAGGAAGAGGGUGAUGUCCAUAAGACACUAAAACUCUACCUCACGAAGGAUGACCUGAAAAAGCUUCAUGAUUUUGAGGAGCAGUGUGUAGAGAAAUAUUUCCAUGAGAAGACAGAAGGUCUGAAUUGUAGUUUUGAGGAACAAAUCCAAGUGACGUCAGAAAGGGUUUCAGAGAUGUUCUUCCAACUUAAAGAAAUGAACGAAAAGGUGUCUUUUAUAAAGGACUCCUUAUUAUCCUUGGACAGCCAGGUGGGACACCUACAGGACCUCUCUGCCCUGACUGUUGACACCCUAAAGGUCCUUUCUGCUGUUGACACCUUGAAAGAAGAUGAGAUACUUUUGUCCAGCAGAAAGCAUUCUGCUGGCAGAAAACAUCCCCACAGCUGGACCAAUGUCAUCUGUGCAAAUGUUCUAAGCAGCAUGGGGAGCUGCGGAAAGAAGAAAUUUCAGUACUAUAGCAUGCCCCCUUCUUUGCUGCGGAGUCUUGCUAGAAGCCAGCUUCCCCAACGAGUGCAGAGCAGUACCCUUGUGGAGGUUACACACAGCAAGAGAGAGAACCCCCAAGUAAGAGAAGACCAGGAGGAACAAGAAAUGAAAUCGAGGACAGUUACUUCCGGGAUGUCCCAUGUCAGACAAACACACUCCAAGUAUGGCCAGUUUCUCCUGGUCCCAUCUUCUGGCGAGCGAGUUCCUUUGUCUUUGAGGACCUCCCCACCUCUUUUAAGAUCAUCUAAGGAGGCAGACAUGGAUGGCCUGACACUGGGACAUAUACAUCCCAGUGAGAUCACUCUCAACCUGCCUGGGCAGACCCCUGCUGCCUCCCACCAAGCACUGGUAGCAGAACACAAAGAGCAACACGAGAAAGUCGCACAGAUGCCGGCCAAACCUGACAAGGCAGAACAAGAUCCACUCAUGUUCAGUGGCAUACCUACUCCCGUGUCAAUGACCUCUCUUCCCUCCAGAGCCAUCAGCAUGCAGGAUGAAGGUGGAUAUUUGAACUGGGCAUUUUCAAAGAGUGAUGAAACCGAUGUGUUUAGUUUUAGAAAAAAGUGGAAAACUUGCUUGCCCUCCACUGGCAGCAGUGACUCCAUUCCAGGUGGAGACUGCUCUCAGCAGAUUGGAGACAAGUCUGGACUGCACAGCUCAAAAAGACUGGCCAAUGGUGGUGAGUGCUCAGUGGGGGAAGGACCAUGGACCCAGCCGAGAAGUCCCUUUUGGAUCAAUCCUCUCUGCAGAGACAGACCUCUCAUUAAGAGCCACAGUUUAAGAUUCCACAAGGAGGAGAGACUGAAGAAAAGCUGGAAGAACAGUAGCCAUUCAAAAUCCUCAGAGACGGGUUCAGCAUGGAUCAAAGCAAAACUGCUAACCAAGAACAGGAGCCUGUCAAAGAAAAAGAAGACUCAGGGACUCCAGGUGCCCGUGAUAACAGUGAAUGCAUGCUAUCAAAGCGACCAGUUGAAUUCAGAGCCAGAAGAGACAAACAGCGCUGUAGAGUUCAACAAGAACUGGCUCUCUGUGUCCAACUUCAGCCAGAUAAGUUUAGAACCUUAUAUAUAUCAUAAAAUGAAAAUGAAGGAGAUUGAGCAACAUACUACCCAAGCCAGUGAUUACCUAAAGUGCUGUGAAGAGGACCCGGAUGAAAACCCUUCGUGUAAUUCCAGGAGCGCCAGCCUCAACAGGCAAUUUCAAACAAGAAGCCCAGAUGAAGUUGACAAUAUCUCGGCCUCUUUAAAAAGCCCUCAAGAGCCUCAACACCAUUAUUCAGCCAUUGAAAGGAAUAAUUUAAUGAGGCUGUCUCAGACCAUACCGUUUACACCAAUCCAGCUGUUCGCGGGAGAGGAAGUGACCAUCUACAAGCUUGAAGAAAGUUCCCCUCUGACCCUCGACAAGAGCAUGUCCUCCUGGUCCCAGCACGGCAGAGCUGCCAUGAUCCAGGUGCUGUCACAAGAGGAAAUGGAUGGGGGCCUCCGAAGAGCCAUGCGAGUCCUCAGCACCUGGUCUGAGGAUGACGUCCUCAAGCCCGGCCAGGUUUUCAUUGUGAAGUCCUUCCUCCCAGAGGUUGUGCAGAUGUGGUACAAAAUCUUUCAGGAGAGCACUGUGCUUCAUCUCUGCCUUAGGGAAAUUCAACAGCAAAGAGCUGCCCAAAAACUCAUCUAUACGUUCAACCAAGUAAAACCACAAACUAUUCCCUAUACUCCAAGGUUUCUAGACGUUUUCUUGAUGUACUGCCAUUCAGCCAACCAGUGGUUAACCAUUGAGAAGUUCAUGUCUGGGGAGUUUCGGAAAUACAAUAACAACAACGGUGAUGAAAUCGUACCCACCAACACCCUGGAAGAGCUGAUGUUGGCUUUCUCUCACUGGACAUAUGAGUACACCCGGGGAGAGCUGCUGGUCUUAGAUUUGCAAGGUGUUGGAGAAAACUUGACAGACCCAUCUGUUAUAAAACCCGAAGACAAACAAUCAAGAGGGAUGGUGUUUGGACCGGCCAAUUUAGGGGAAGAUGCAAUUAGAAGCUUCAUUGCAAAACAUCGCUGCAACGCCUGCUGUGGGAGGCUCAGGCUGCCCGAUUUAAAAAGAAAUGAUUAUUCUAUCGCAAGGACACAUUGCAACUCGGGACCAGAGAAAAUUGUUGAACCCGCUGAGGGGCUUCCAGCAAGAGACAUAAAGAGAGGUUCCAUGGAAGAUCUCACACGUCUAUAA